GGGAAGAGCUUGGAGAAGGUGCAGAACUUAAGCGAAGGAAAGCAGCGUUUAGUGUAUACCUAUGGAUUUGCCUGUUCCAAAUGUUGGUGAAGUUCAUGAGCUGCUGCUAGCUUUGCAAGAUACUUUGGAAUGUCCAAUCUGUCUGGAGGUGAUAAAAGAACCAGUCUCAACAAACUGCGCUCAUAUCUUUUGCAGGUUCUGUAUGUUGAAAUUGCUUAGGCAUAAGAACGGUGCAACACACUGUCCACUUUGUUAUGGCAAAGUCUCUAAAAGAAGUCUGAGAGACAAUAUCUAUCUUAAGGAAGUAAGCAAACGAAUUUUAAACAUCAUCCGUGCUUUUGAGUGCGAUACUGGAUUGGAGUUUUCAGAUAAUUUGGUUUAUCCCAAGAAAGGGAUGGAAACUGUUUCUGCUUCAUCCCCAUGUAAAGAGCAACUGAUUAUUAACAGUAAGGGAUAUAGAGAUAGAUCAAAAUAUAUGAAGAAUGAAGAAAAGAGAAAUACUGAAUCGGCGGAUGACCCCAUCUUGCCACAGUACAGUGGAAAUGAAACAAAAAACUUCAGAAUACUCAGAAAGAAAAGAGAUUCUAGUAAAAAUAUGAUUUUGGAAAUUGAUAAGGAGCACAGUUCAGUCUCAUCUGAAGAUAUCUUUCAGAAAGAGAACAUAGUCAGCUGCAUGGAUUUUGAAAGUUCUUCCUCAUCUCAAGUUGACAAAGACCGUAUUAUGACUCGGAAUCAAAGCUCUUCCCACAUGGAGCAUUGUGAACCAAGUGCCAAAAAUGAAGCAUCCUUAAAUAUAGAUAUAUGUGGAGCCUUAGAAGGGAGAAAACUAAGAAGCAGAGAUGAUACCAAAAUUAUCAAUGAAAACUUAGAAAUUGUUGAGGGAAAUGUGAUUGUCAAACAGCAACAGGAUGUAUCUUUUCUAGAUUCCUGCAUGGAACAACCUGGUUUUAGUUACCUACAGGAUGAUAGAUCUUCCUCUUUCUGCAGGACAACACAAGUACAAUUGGCUGGUGAAGCCAUGAAUAUGAGUACAAAUGAACAGAUAGAUAAUGGACAAAAAACUCUCAUUGACCAAUCUGCUGGAAAUUUAUCAGUUGUAUGUGAAAAUAAGGAAUGCCAGUUACAGUCCCAGACUAUGCCUGACAUCUGUCUGAAUAAAAGUUCUGGGGGGGAAAUGAUACAGAGCAUGAAUAAAGUCAAUGAGUGGUUUUCUAAAAGCAAGGAGAUCCUUUCUUUUGAUUCACUGGUGAAUGGUUGCAGUAAAGAGCUUCCUUCAGAUUCAGAUUCCUCAGAUUCUGAGAUUUGUCAACCACAGAGAAAAAUAUUAAUACCAAAGAGUCAGGCAAUAUUAGAUUUCGAUGUUUUUCUUAGACAGAACAUGAAAUUAAGCAACAAGGAAUCGGUUAGAAAAAGAAAAGACCCUGUUUUGGAAAAUAGUGAUCAAAUCUUUGCUGUUGUUAAAAAAUCCCCAGCAGAACAACCGGAAGCUGCUUUUUCAAAAAUAGCCUGUGUUGAGGGAGCAGAAUCCAUGUUGAAAGGAGAUGGAGACACACAAGCUCAGAGUGAAUGCCACACGUUACCAGAAUUAAAUCUAACUGAUACGGAAAAAAAAAGUAAUUAUUUUAACAAGAAAAGUAAAAAAUUAAUCAAACCACUUGGUAAUCUGCAGGUGUUGAAUGAGAGCCCUAUGCUAUCUGAGGAGACCAAGGAAGAAUUAGAUAUUAAGGAGCUAAGAAAAAUAAAUCAAGACCAGAUGCUAGUCAGAGGGAAGAAGAAGCUUCUGUUCAUAGAAGAAGACAGGAGACAAAGUGAACCAACUAAGAGAAAAAGAAAUGUAGAUGAGAGAGAGGCGAAACAAUCCAUUUCUCUUUCAGAAACAAUGCCAUCUUACUCUGCAACAGAAGAUGAUUCCUGUGACAUGCAGGGCAAUCUGAAGAAAGCAAAGUCUUAUUCAGAUACCACCAUGAUUGAUAAGCUGCACCUAUGUAAUGUAGACAUGGCUCAUGUUAACUAUGAAAAGUUUCCUCAUGUAACUAGAAUUGUAAAAGACAUUCUGAAUACUGAAGAAACUGCAAAGAGCCACAAUGCAGAUUCCCAAGACAGGAGCUCACUCUUGCAGUUUCAUCCUGGAAAGGCAGAACAAGCAGUUUCCAAGGAUGAACCAGUCAUGGUGAAUCAACUGGAAAAAUAUACAGUGUGUUCUGAAAUAAUACAGAGUGAUGGGAUUUGUACAGAUAAUUGCAAGUCCCCUGAAACUAACAAAAAAGCUAAAGGGAGUUGUGAAUUGAAUCUGGAAAUUGAUGAGAGUGAACUAGAUAUAGGCUUCAUGAAGAAUAUAUUUGACAGCGGCAAACGCCAGUUAUUGCUAUGUCCGAGUCCAGUAAAGGAAUUGGCUGCGGAUAUUAAAUAUUUGCAAGGGCUAAGCCCUGACAAAGGGGAUAAAGAUGGAACACAUGAAGAGAAAUGUGAUGUUUCUUGUGAGGAGAAUAAAAGUACCUCUGUCCAAACACCAACAUUUUCUACGUCCAGUUUUUCUGAACAUAAAAAUGAAUACCUUCAGUUUGCCUUGCAAGUUCCAUUUCCUGACUGUCCAUCAAUUUCUCUACAAUCAGUUACCAGAAAUGAAGAAGAUGGAUGUCAACCAGAAAGUAAAAAGACAAGGGAUGAACAGAGACAGUCUCCAGGGUUAGAGGAAACUGAAAGUUCAGAUGAUUGUACUGAAAGUUUGAAUGUCUGGAAAAAUAGCAAUUUGCAUGAUUCAGGUUUCAACCAUAUUAAUAGGAGUAGUUCUGGUUCAGUUCAUUUUCAAGAUGCAAAAUCCAAAGAUACUGAAAACAAAAAAAUGGAACUGAAUCCUCAGACAGAAUUAAUGCAGCAACAUUCUUUAACUUCUCUACCAUUGUUACCCGGAUUCAUCCAUGCUGACAAGGAUGUCAUGGAAGAAAAACAACUGAACAGUGACACAGAAAAAGCUGUUGAUGUUUCUAGAACUGGUGAGAUUAAGAAUGCGAUUCCCCAACCAAAUUUAGAAUGUUCUGCGAAAGAGUAUCAGCAUCUUGAACUGUUGUCAGACACACCAGACAACUUGCUGGACCCACCUACCAAAAAUAUAAAAGGUUCACCAAACCUUUGGGAUAAGAAUGACAUUUUGGCUAUCCCUGCUAAAAUAGACAAGCAAAUGAUGAAUGGAACAGAUCUGGAUAGCAAAAACAAAUGCAACCCCAUGUUGAAGAGUCAGGACUUUAUUUUGGCUUACCCGAAAUUCCUAGAGAAGCUGCCCUCCUCAGAAGAGGAUUCCAGUGAAGAUGAAAAGUUUUCUUGUUUUCAGGCACUAAUGAAUGUGCAAAGCACACAAUCACACUCAGUAAAAGAGAAGGAGAUACCACUAAAGGUGUUAACAUCCAACAGCAGCAGCAGAAGUGGUUUUAAAUACAAGAAAGUGGAUAUCUGCCAAAGCCAGGAAUCAGAUUUGUCUGUGAAUUUAUUUUCCUCUCAAUCAAAUGUAUCUAUGGUCUCUGGCAAGGCUUGUAAUUCAGAGGAUUUAAUCUCAUUCUCUAAUUCCAAAGAGAAAUUGCCCAGUCUCAGUGGGAAUAACAAAGACAUUUCACCUAGUGAUGAAGUCUCUAUAGAUAAUGAGCAACUAGAAUGUGGGCAAGAAGAAUAUGCGCAUUCAGAAUCCAAUUCAGGUGAAGAGAUGACGCCCUAUGCCAGUGAAGCAACCCCUCUGGAAGAUUCACUAGGUCCGUUCUCCCAGAGUGAAAUUCUCACCACACAGCAAAGGGAUGCUAUGCAAAAUAAUUUAAAGCAACUGCAGCAGAAGAUGGCUAUCAUUGAAGCUGCCCUCAAAGAGGGAAGCCAGAAUGUUGACCCUGUAGGAUGGUCACUGGAAAGAGAGGAAGAUGAUUUCCAAAGAGACCAGAUAGAAACAAGCAAGGAAAUGCACACUUUAUUGAAAAAAACAGUUUCUUCCUUGGCACAUAUCACCUACUGUAGCACAAAGCAAAGGAAUAAAAAGAGACAACUUCUGAUUAGAAAGCAAAACAUGUCUCUGGUGGCAUCUGGUUUAAACCAGAGUGAAUUGAAACUAGUACGUAAAUUUGCCAAGAAAACUGAGAGCACUUGGUGUAAUAAAAUUACUGAAAAAACAACCCAUGUAAUAAUGAAAACAGAUGAGGAUCUGGUCUGUGAGAGAACCCUGAAAUACUUUACAGGUAUUGCUGCACAAAAAUGGAUAUUGAGCUACCAGUGGAUUAUUCAUUCAUUCGAAGCAGGAAGAGUUCUUAACGAGGAAGAUUUUGAAGUGAGAGGAGAUGUAAUCAAUGGGAGAAACCAUCAAGGACCUAAAAGAGCAAGAGAAUCACCUGUUGGAAAGCUUUUCCAAGGAUUGGAGAUUUGUUGCUAUGGACCAUUCACUGACAUGCUCCCAGAACAACUGGAAUGGAUUGUAGAACUCUGUGGCGCCUCCCUUGUGAAGGAACCUCACUUAUUUACAAAUGCAACAAACUCCACUGCUGUGAUAGUUGUUCAGCCUGAUGCAUGGACAGAAGAAAGCACCUGCCAAGAGCUCCCCCUGCAAUGCAGCAUUGCUGUAGUUUCACGUGAGUGGGUGCUGGACAGUGUUGCCUGCUAUCAGUGCCAGCCAUUCAAUGACUACAUCAUUCCACAGGAACUAUCUUCCAUGUCUGAAUAAUAAAGCUCUUGUAGCAUGAAUUACGGUUUCCAAUGGGUUUCUCACCUGCACUGAUAAGUUUUGGGAACUGGAGAAGUAUCUAGCCUGAUGAAUUGUGGUGUCUUCCAUGAAGUUUCAAAUCCAGGAGCAAUCUCUAAUUUAUGCAUUUAUUUUCUUUAAUUUAUCUAUUGCUUGUCAUGCUUUCAUGUCAUGUGUUUCCAAGUGGUGUACAAAAUCUGCAUAGCUUUUGUACAACUUAGUUAUAGUUAAAAAGUAAUAGUUGAAAUAAUAAAAUAUGUAGCCCACAUUAAAGACUGGCAAUAAAAGGCAGAAGACUACCACCCUGAAAUUUUAUUGAAUAAAAAGUUUUCACAAUCAGAUUCGUGCAUAUUUUAUUUGUAAUUGGAUAUUUUCCUCAGAGGACUGAUUGCUUUGGACCUUCUGUUUCCAUAGUGCCAAUCUCAAGCUCAGGAUCUAGUUUUUGCUUCUCUGUUGAGGUGCAGGUGAUGUUGACUGAACAUGCUCUUCCAUGUCCUAGUUGCUACUCAAGAAGAGACUACCCUGAGGCAAUUUAUCAAUAUCACACAAAAGGAAUGCCUCUUACAAGUAACUGCAUGUGAAAGCAUUGUUUAAAACAAUGUUGUUUUAAGGUUAUGCUUUUCUGUAUACAAAUUCUAAAUUAGCUAAUCAACUGAAAUAAAGUUUUCUGGAAGUGAGUCAGACAAAAGCCUUAAGAAACCUAGGAUUCAGCAAAAUUGAGUGUACUGUAGGUAUAUGGCGUUUGAGUAUCUGAUUGGGAAUUUGUAAGACUAGUACUAUGAAAAAUCUGGUUUAAAAUGUUUCAUUUAGUUCACUUUUCCCCACAAGCUUCCUAAGUUUAAAUCCCUAUAUUUAAAGGUCCUUAAUAGCUCUUAUUCACUGUAUUGCCAUUCCUAAAAUAUUUUGUAAUACAUAUUACAAGUACAGUUAUUCAUAAAGUCUUUUAUUAAGGCAAAAUGAUACGAUAAAGUGGUCUUUUUUAAAACGUAAAAUAGCUCUUUCAUUGAUGGAUUUCUCUA